AUGCCUUCCCAAGUCACCGACAUCAAGGAGUUCCUCGAGAUCGCGCGGAGAAAGGACGCAAAGGGUACGUCGAGCGCACCUUUCACUGUCCGCAACCCGUUCAACCAAGUGCCUCUGGCAACACAAGACCUCUCGAGCAGCUCUCGUGGACAUAUUGUGCCCCUGUCCGCCCGCAUCAAGCGCUCCCCCCACCCCAACGGCGUGAAGAACAAGGAGCAGAUCAAGUUCAAGAUCCGGGCCAAGCGCCACCUACACACCCUCGUCCUCUCCGACACAAGCAAGGCCGACAAGAUCAAGCAGAGCUUGCCUCCCGGUACGUUCUUUGGUCCUUCCUCUCUCAUACAACCCGCCGCUAGCUCGAUGAGAAUGGUGCGAUUCGUGUGGGGAGAAGAGCAGCAGCUGGAUAUGGAUUUCCCUUCCUGGUAG